CACGUGCACUUUAACACAGACCGUUCACCAGAGGGAUGCCGGAUAAGUGACUACUAACUGCUGACGAUUGACCAAAGACCAAGACGAUUGACCAAUGAAGGAUAAAAUAACAAUAUUUGGAAGCAUGUAUUUUUAAAUUUGUAUUAAAUUAGUUCAAGUUAUUUGUCAGAUAUUAAGCAAAUCAUUAUGUCUUCCAUCAAAUUAAAAGAAAUAUUCAAACCAGAAUACGUUCAAAAGGAAUUUUAUACUGGAGGCCAUAUUGAGUGGGCUCCAGAUGGUAAUCAUUUGUUAUGUCAAUGUGGCCCGAGAGUUUCAGUAUUGGACAUUGAAACUACUACAAUUGUAGAUACAGUACCUAGACGUACUAAUUCAGUUAAAACUGGUGAUGAAGAAGAUGAAGAAGAUGAGUCGGCUGAUGCUGUAAUAACAUUUACUUUAGACCCAACUAGUAAAAAUCUAAUAACAUCUCAUAAAAGUGGUCUUUUAUGUUUUUGGGAUUGGACUGACAAAAAAUUACUUAAAUCAUGGCGCCAUCUUCAUAAAGGGCCAGUUGUGCAAUUAGCGUCUACAAGUGACCAAAUGAUAGCAUCUGGAGGGACUGAUUCUAUUAUUAGAUUAUGGCAAGCAGAUAAAGCACAUUGUUUAUAUGCUUUGCAUGGAAUACAAGGGGUCACAAGUGUUAUAGCAUUUUACCAAGUAUCUGAUACUGAACGAUGGUUGUUUGCUGCGGAUGAUGUUUCAGAAAUACAUGUAUGGAACUGUAAUAAAGGCAAACAUUUGUAUAAAUUGCAAGGGCAUUUUAGUACUGUUACAGGAAUAGCGUUUUAUCAUAAUCAGUAUCUUAUAAGUUGUGGUAGAGAUAAAGUUAUAAUUCUUUGGGAUAUACAAACAAAAAAACAAAUAAAAACUGUAGCUCUUUAUGAUAGUAUUGAAUCAAUGGCCGUACUGCCAAAAACCUUUUACCUUCAAGGAGUUCUGCACAAAUCGACAGGAGUUUGUGUUGUAGCUGGAGGAGAAAAUGGGAACUUGCACAUAUGGGAUAUUGAAAAUAACAAUCCUAUUUUUGAAGAAAAAAGUAUUGUCAGUGAUUCAGACAAAUCUGUAAAAAGUAUAUUAAAUGUCAUUUAUGAUGAAGCUCGUUCUACAUUAGCAAUAUGCUAUGCAAAUAAUUCAGUAGUUUUACAAAGCUUUGGACCUAACCAUUCUGAAAUAACAUUGAUUGGUUCAAAUGAUGAAAUCUUGGACAUAGCCCCACUGGGUAAUGAAAGUAGCCGCUGUUUAGCUGUAGCUAUUAAUAGUAAUGAUAUUUAUUUAUUUCCCUGGCAAAAGAAAAGUAUCAAAAGGGAUGACAAUGUUGAACUAGAAAAGGUUGAACUUGGGGUUUGUUGUAAGAGGCUUUGUGGUCAUAGUGACACUGUUCUAUGCUUAGCAUCUUAUAAAAGUACACUAAUUUCUAGUAGCAAGGACCAUAGUAUAAGAGUUUGGUGUUAUUGUAAUGUCACAAGAACAGCCAAGUGCAUAGCAAUUGGUUCUCGGCACACUGGUGCAGUAAAUACUAUAGCUAUAUCGAAAUCUAUGGAAUUUAUUGUCUCUGCUGGCACUGAUACUACGAUAAAACUAUGGAAAUUACCAAAAGUUAUAAAAAAUGAUAAAGAAGAAACUCUGAGUGUUAAAAUAACUGAAGUAGGUCAUGAAAAAGAUAUCAAUAGCAUUUGUAUUGCACCAAAUUAUCUAACUAUCGCAUCAGGAUCUCAGGAUAAGUUAAUAAAGGUUUGGUCUGCAAACGAUCUUUCAUUGCUUGGAGUGUGUCGAGGUCAUAAACGAGGUGUGUGGUGUGUUCGUUUCUCACCCAUUGAUCAGGUAUUAUUGUCAUCGUCUGCAGAUACAACAGUAAAAAUCUGGUCUAUGGGCGACUAUUCUUGUCUCAAGACACUAGAAGGCCAUGAUUCAUCUGUAUUGAAAUGUAAUUUCUUUAACCAUGGUACUCAAGUAGCUAGCUGUGGAGGAGAUGGACUUCUGAAAAUUUGGUGUUUAAAAUCAAGUGAAUGUCUUGCUACACUAGAUAAACACUCCUCUAAAAUAUGGGCAAUGUCAGAUGUGGAUGAUGGAUCUAUUCUGAUCACGGGUGGUGCUGAUUCAAGAUUAGUGGUGUGGCAUGAUCGUACAGAAGAAGUAAAAAUUGCAGAAGCAGCUGCACGACAAACAAGAGAAAUGCAAGAUCAACAGUUACAAAAUCUACUGCAAAAUGAACAGUUACUACCCGCACUUAAAAUUUCUAUUAAGUUAGGAAGGCCAAAUACAGCUUUAAAAAUAUUACAGAAGUUGUCUAAACAAGGCCAAGGACAAGAUCUUAAAAUAGUAUGUCAAAAUAUAGAUAUAGAACAAAAAGAAAUUUUACUAGAUUACAUUUUAGAUUGGAAUACUAAUGGAAAACAUUGUCUUGCAGCACAGCUAAUCUUAAAUGUUCUUAUGAAUGACAUAAUGACUGGAAAAAUAAAAAUAAGUCAAGAGAAAUUGCAAGGACUAAUAGCAUAUAGUGAAAGACACUUCAAAAGAUUAACUUCAAUUUUAACACAAACACAAUUUCUGCGUUAUACUAUUAAUUGCAUGGCACCUCAUUCUUCUGUUUAAUAAAUUAUAUUAUUUCAUAAUAA